UCCAGCGCAGAAGAAAUAUGUUGAAGUUGUUGUUGGUUAGCGCUUUUGUUGGAGUUUGUUUUUGUAAACCAAAUGGCGAGACCAUCGCCAGGUGGACUCGAGAACUGCGGACGGACGAUGGGAAUGUCCUGAAGAUCGAAGAACACGCCGAGUUGGUUGGUGACCGACAGAUUCUCAUGAACUCGGACGACAGACAGCUAGAGGACGCCCAGAUUUACAAGUCACACAGCUUCCACGACUUCGAAACGGGUGUCCUCGCCAUCAAGUACGUGCCUUACGGAGAAAAGGAAGGACGAGGAUGUUUCCUUGGUCAAGUAGCUAAGGAUUUCAAGACAACCGCUAAGGAGCUAAAAAGCAGAAAAGGCAAGACCAUUCGCUCGUGUAGCAAUGGAAUACACUACCAGACCUCAAAACAGGUGGACAGCUCCGGCAGUAAAUACGUUGACGAUUUCUGUAGAAACGUCCCUAUGUAUGCCAUGGAACGUUCCAGUUUUGAAGAAAUUAGGGAAAUAUUUCCUCAAGAAGAACUCAAACCAUGGAGAAUUCGAACUCUGUGCAUAUGGAUUGAUAUCAACAUUUGGUUUCCAUGGAACAUGCCAAUAGACGAUUUGUUUGCUCCAAUAUACAAGAUUGAAGGUGGACGUUUGAAUGAAAAGCAGUAUACUUGUAAUGCAGAACUACAGUAAAUGUGAUCAAUAAGAACUUCAUAAAUAUACAGUUACUUGUUUUUGUUUGUUUUUUCUUUUAUUUUAAAAUGAUUUUUUAAAGCAGCGAUGAGUUUGUAGUCAUUUAAAAAUAUUUUUACUUUUCUUUUUGCUUAGAAUAUGAAUAUAUCUAAAACCAAUGCAUUUAUGGAAAUUAUAACAUUUUGUAGACUUCUAUAGAUAUUUGUCUAAAAUAAGAUCUUAUGUAUAUCUCGUUUAGAUCAUCAGUGUGGUCCAAAUGACAAACAAUUUAUUUCUAUUUACAACAGAGUUGCUUAUUCCAUGCAAAUUUAGCAGUGAUAUUUAUUUUUAAAAUCUACACAUUAAUUAAAACCAUCAGCAUCAAUUAUAAGAAUUUACCAUGUUGAAUGAUUCACUCUUUAGAGGAUAAUCAUAAAGAACAAACCAUUUUUAAGUACGACCAUUAUUAAUUGAAAAUAGGAUGGGGAGGAUGUAGUUCAGGGGCCUAAUUCACUAAACUCUUGCAACUAUGCUAGCUCGCAGUGCAAUGCUAAAAGACUUGCAAAGAGGAUGCUUUGUUAUCUAGCAGAGCCUAAGAGAGCUUUGUGAAUUGUUCUGAGGUCUCAUUAUAUAAAUCUAUAAAAUUACCCAGGUGUUGUUAAACAUUUUAUUUUAGUUCUCAACUGCAAUAGUAUAAAGUAUACAAAAGAAAUUGAGAACUUGACAAACCUAAACUGACUAUAAAAACAAUCACUUUGUCUUAAUCACCCAAUGGUAAUUUUAAUCUUUAUAUUUGCAUUAAGCAAGAUAAAAUAAGAUUCCAUCACCAGGCGUGGGGGUUGUGGUGAAGAGCGGGGGGAAAAAAAGACUACAAAUGAGAUAGCAUACAAUUGUUAUAAAUCUUCAAAACAUUUAUCUGGGUGCCACAACACCUUGUAAAAUUAAGUGAUCACGAAAACAACACUAAUACUUCUCUGUUUUAAUCAGUCAAAACAAAUCACCAAACUUUUGGAACUAUCACAUUUUGUAGUAUAUGAUAAACAUAAUUUGUCAUAAAUUAAACAAUCAAGCAAUGCUGUUGUGCUGACGUUAACAAUUCAAUAGCUGUCCGUACUGUCAUACCAGGAACAAAAAACAAAAAUCAUUCAGUAAACCAUCAGACUACAAAAACCACGACAAUGGCAUCAAAACAAGCACGCACAUUCCUUUUACAAUUUUCUGCUAGUUUCUACUGCAGCAUCUGGAUUGUCCAAAAUUUAAAACAAAUAGUUUGUGCAUAAAUGUAACAAAUGGAAAACAAAAGCAAAGUUGUAGUAGUAUUAGUAGUAGUACAGGGUUCUUACACUUGAAAAAAACAUAACAUUUUAAGACAUUCAAAAACAAUUCCAGGACAUGAAAUGUUCAAUCAAUGAAUGUUUUUACAACAAAUUGUUGUUUGAAUUUAGACAGCUUAUGAGGACAACAAAAGUAAAGAUGCCAACAAAAUAAACCACUGAAUUUUUGGCCUAAAUUUCCAGAACAAUAAAAUUUAAUGCUUUUUCCCCCAAGACA